GCUAGAAUGAGCAGCAUGAGCUCCUGCAUAGGAUUUGCAGUUUUUCUGGAGAUAGUUCUCCCAGGCCACAUUGCCUGUAGUGUAGGGAUCCAAGUGAAUAGGGAAUCAGGAUAGAGAAUUCCCUGAGGGAUCCACUACAGGGUGUGUUGCAGAGGUGAAGGGAGAUUCCUGCCAGUCUGCCCGCAGGAGAGUGUGAGUCUGAAUAUACACUCGAACUAUUCACCCAAAUAAUGACUGCUGGCUCCAUAGCUGUACCUCAGAUUAUACCACUACGUGUUCCUCUCCCUGGAAGGAGCAAAUAUGAAAUUGAUUCCAAUACACCAAUUGAAAUAAAAUCGGAUUCUCCUGAAGUGACCAUUUACUACACACUGGAUGGAAGCAAGCCAGAACUGUAUAAGAAAGUUGGCUUUGGAGAAAAAAAUACAUUGAAAUACAAAGGCCCCUUUAUGUUACCAGAUGGCAAAAUAACUGUCAAGGCACUAGCUGUUAGUAGAGAUGGCCGAGAAAGUGGAACAGUAACAAAAGUGUUCAUAGUGGAAUACGUACAACCAGAUCUAGAUUCAUCGGAUGAGGACAAUGAUGAGAAUUUCCUUAAAGAUCUUUCCAAGCAGGAUAUUGAAAACAGCUUUUCCUUACCCAAAAGCAAAAAGAAGAAUGAAGCGCUGGAGAGAAUAUCUGCAUGGGAUGAAACUGCACAAAGUAAUGGUCCUGUGAAAGAAGGAAGGACUAACCGUAGGUCAUUCAAGGGUCUACAAUUUAUGAAUGAUCGCUUGGAAAAAUCAAGCCAAGUAGAGGAACCAAUAUCACCUUCUCAGACCCAGAGAUCACAGCAGAAUGGCGGUGUGGAAGGGAUUGUUAGAAAGAGUCUGACAAGUGCCCAGAUCAUGAGAAUCCAGAGGGAAACUGAUUUCCUUAAGUGUUCUCACUGUUUGGCUAAUCGUCCAUCUGACCCUUUUGCAAGAUUUUGCCUGGAAUGUGGUUACCCUGUUCCACCAGUGCCAGGUCACCGCCUUCCACCUCCUGAAGGAGCUCAGAUGGGUUUAUGUGUAGAGUGCAGGAGCAUGGUGCCAAUGAACACACCAUCUUGUAUCGUUUGUGAAGCACCGCUGUUGCCACAGAUGACACCACAGGCCAGUUUGAAUGACAAAACAUUCUGCCGUUUUUGUGGAACGGGAAAUCCCAUCAAUUUAAACUACUGUGUGACUUGUGAGGCGCGGCUACCAGAAAUGCAAAAGCCAAUAUGGAGUGGAGACUCUGCUCCUCCUCUUCCCAACCAAGUGGGGAAAAUGCAGUCGUGUUCUAAAUGUGGUCGUGUGAACCAUUCUGAUGCACGAUUUUGCGACUGGUGUGGUGCAAAGCCUAGUUCCCCCAUAAGUCACCUCACUUGUUCUAAGUGUAGUGCAAGCAAUCAUCCCUUGGCCAACUUCUGUGCCUCCUGUGGUGCGUACUUGGAGCCUCCAGCAAGAUACUCCCCCCUACAUAACAUGAUGUUAACUUCUGGAGAACACAAAGCAUUUUCAGAAGCUGAUAAUCGGGCUUCUUGGCAGCCUGUUACAGUCUCAUUGCCGAAACCCAGGCUGGAAAUAGAGAGGGAAGACAAAGGCACACAGACAGUUGGAUUAUUCUACCCAUCUGGAAAACUCAUUGAGAAAAAGGAGAUAGAAUUGGGGUUGGAAAAGGAAAAGAAGGAAAAGAUGAGUGAUCGGAAGCCUCUUGUCACAGCCAUCAGCCCAGGCAGAGGUUAUUGGAGGCAACAGUUAGAUCAUAUUUGCGCUCAUCUGCGCUGCUACACUCAGAACAAUUCUGAAUUUAAAAGUUUAAUUGGAAAUCCUCGAAUGGGAAGGAUUAUUUCAGGAACAAUGCAUGAAGAUGGUUAUGAAGUCAGUAUACGGUUAAAUUAUGUUCAAGUUACAGACAAGGAUGCACUCACUGCAAAGCCAAUCAGACUUUCAGGCAGUAAUUUCCUGAGCUCUGUGACAGAGGGAAGAAAUGACAAUUAUGAAAGUCCAUCAAGUGUGGCAAGUGAAGAUGGUCUCAGUGCCAGGAGCAAAAAUGGCAAAGCAAGAAGAAAGAAGAAGAACAAACUUUUGCUGCAGAAAGAAGAGAGGCUUUCUAAUGAAGAUCGAAAACUCCUUAAAGAAGUUGGACCCAAGGGAGAAGGCAAUAUUGCAGUUGUGGAAGAGUUGCUUGAUGAGGGAGCUGACCCCAACUGCUGCAACAAUGAAGAUCGUCCUGUUCUUACAGUAGCAGUUCUUAAUGGACACAACCAAGUUAUACCAGUGCUUGUACAGAAGGGGGCUGAUAUUGAACAGCAGUCUGGGCCGCACAACAAUACCGCUCUCCAUGAAGCUGUCAUGCUUGGUUUGGAUGGAAAGAAAUGUACAGAGGUGCUUCUGGGAUGCAAUGCAAGUAUUAAAACAAAGAAUGACAAGGGGAUGACAGCAUAUGAUCUGGCGCUAAAGAAUGGAAAUGACCAAGUUGUGUCACUUUUUGCAUCAAAGCUGGGGCAAGGCAUGUUGGACAAGCUCUCCAAGCCUAAGAAGACAGGUCUAGAGAUGUUCUAAACAGGGCAGUCACCCUACAAUUGGAGUUAUUUAGAGUGUGAUUUUAUUAAAGAUAUAAUUUGUAGAGCAAAGAUAUUUAUCCUUGAUUUGGAAGAAUCGAUUAGAAAUCAAAAUGGGAAAAAAAGAGAGGAAGCACCAACAACACCACUUUUCUGUUAGAAGCAGUGAUUACACUUAUCGGCAGCUCUCAGAAUGGAGUCAGCCUAUUAGUCCGUGUAUCGGUCCAAACGGAUUGUCUACUCCAGUGCUGUCCAACUGGCGGCCCGCGGGCCACAUGCGGCCCUCGACCCCCCCUCUGUGUGGCCCCCCACCUGUCUGGCUGCUUUGAUGUCUUAACUUUGUGUAAGCUUUAAAUGGUAUCAGUACUGAGAUUAACUGGCCCCCUGCAUGGUUCUCACCUCAGAUUCAGGCUGUAAUCCCUCUGUAUUGUUUAAAAAUGUAAUCCCCUGUGUUUUUCACACUUUUUAAUCCCUGCAUUGUUCACCCCCUGCAGUGUUCACACCUCAGGCUCAGGCUGUAAUCACCCACAUUGUUCACCUCUUCACACCUCAGGCAUUGUAUGUACUGCCUGAUCUAUGCUGCCUGUGUGUAGGCAGCAUAGGGUAGUCAGAGUAUGGCACAUAGGCAGCAUAGGGCAGGGAGGGUAUGGCACCCACAGGCAGCACAGGACAGGCUGGGACCUGGCAGGGGUUUGUUCUGGGAGUUUGUUAGCAGUUGGAAAUAGCCAUUAAAUGGUCUCUAAGGUGUGUAAUUAUGUGCUGGGGGUUGCUGUGCUAUCCACAGGGGAGGAGGAGGCAUAUGGAUUUAAGGGUGUGUCUUAAUAUGACAUUAUAUCAUUCUUUAACUUAUGAAUGAUGGUUGAUAUCCUUGCAGCGACCAUUGUGAUAAAAUGGGUGUGGUUUGAAGUGGGUGUGUUUUAAAAUGGGGGAGUGGCCAAAAAUGGCUUCCAUUAGCGGCCCUCCACCGGAGAGAAAUUCCGGCCCUCGGCACCGCAGAAGUUGGACAGCACUGGUCUACUCCAAUCAACUUCUCAUUGGUGUUUUUAGGGAUAAUAAUCUGUGUGAGAACAAACUAUUUUCUUCUUCUAAGGACUGCACUGGGCCCAGAAUGUAGCCCACAGGAAACAGGUCUGAUUUUGCCCUGCUUAGAAGACCUGAUCCACUUGCCAAUGAAUGUAUCUUUAGGCUAAGAACCCACUGCUCUAAAAAAGGCUUUCCACCAGCAACAAUAGGAGUGACCAUGGAAAGCCCUUUGCAUCACUUCCAUAUUCUGAAGUUGCACAAAGUGUCCUCCCACUGGCAACUAUGCACGACUUUGGAAAACUAAGGGAUGCAAGUGGCUUUCCACCAGUGAUUACCAUUGUUGCUGGUGGAAAGCCAUUUUGGAGUGAUUAGUCGCCUGUGAUAGCAGAGACCUAUCUUGGGGGACUGAAUGGCUCUGUGGGUUCUUAACCUUAUGUGUAUGGCCAGCUGGGUACUACUAUGCAUAUAUGUAAAUUGCUCUGAAUGUGUUUGUCUCUCACAAAGCAAGCUAAUAUGUACUGCUAUUUCACAUGGAAGAGAAGCACCAGUUGGUACAAAAGGAAUACUGUCUUUGGAAAACAUGUUUUUUUCCCAAAACACGUCGGUUAAUAGAGCUUCUCCAGUAGUAUCCUGGAUUGAAAUAUGUUUUUUUAAAAGUGCAAACAGAUUAUUUCAUAUUUAAUUUUGAAAUUUCACAUGGGGCUAGCCAUAUUCAUAAUUUCUCAGGGUGCCACAGCCAUGUGGCCUGUCCUUUGAUAAACUUCAGUCACACUUUACUGCUAAACUGAAAGUUCAGCAGAACAAUGGGAAGCGAGCAAGAUAGCAGCUCCCAGUAGGUAUCAGAUUAGCACCCAAAUAAUAAGAAAUCCAAGACUCCUCCAGUUACAUGGGAGUAGGAGAAACAAUAGACUCAGGCACAAUGCACUGAGAUGGCGCCUACACACCAAUAUUACAGCUAAAAAAAAAAAAAAA